UUUACUAAGUUGACUGGAUUCCUAGUAUGGCCACUAUUUGGAAAUGCAAUCCUUGAUUUGAUACUCAAUUACAUGGAGUUUCAUUCCUACCAACUUCCUGUAAUUCUAUCCCUAUGGGUAAAAAUAUUAGUGGUCAAACUCUGCUGGAGAAAGUAUAGGCACCGUGAUUCACAGAGUUAAAUGUUCAUUUAGUAGAGCUGGAGUGAAAAAAAUACUGUUUCAACUUGAAAUGCUAGAAGAUUGUUGUUCUUGUGUUACUCAUUCAUGCAAAUUGGAGAAGGUAUAAUUGAAACAAGGUUGGCAGUGUUUGAGGCAGUGUGCUGCAGCUGAGCUCAGCUUAAAGGUCGCUGGAAAUCAAGUGCUUUGUAAGUGAAGGCAUUUUGACUACAAGCGAUUCAAGACAUUUUGGAAACGUCAGUCUCGGGAAUGGGCCGUCUCUUUCUUUCUAUGCUAUCUGGUCUUUAAGGUUUUACUUAGGAUGAAGACUACUACUUCUGAGCUCUUUCAGGCACCACAAAUGAUUUUUUCUUUUGCUGCAGUGCAGCUGCUUCUAGCCUGUCUACCGACAGAGAUCUUUGUUAUGACUCUCAGCCCUUAACAUGUUUGGAAAUGAGAACAAAUGGCACAGAGCUUACGAUUGCACUUUGCAGCCAGAAGAAGCAAUACUUAUCCUUUGUCAGAAGCCUCCGGAGAUGAUUUGGAUAGCAGCAUUCACAUGUGCUUCACGAGACCAACCCGGAUUUCAGCGGCGAACGUGGUUCAAAUGAAGCUGACUCCCAAACAGACUGCACUAGCUCCGUUAAUAAAGGAAAACCUUAAGUCUCGGGAGAGAUCAUCUUUUCCUUCACCUGAAAAUGUUCAUAAAAAGAGCAGCUGUCUGCAGAUAUCAUUACAGCCAACAAGGUACAGUGGAUGUCUUCAGCCUGGCAGUGUCUUAGCUGAUGGUGAUGAUGCUUCGUUUACUUGUGUCUUAAAGGAUGGCAGUGCUGUGGUUGAUAAUGAACUGAAUGCCAUGGGUGGGGGUGACCUCUUAAGCAGUCCUGCCCUUUGCAGUGGUAGCCUUAGUAACUUCUCAGCCAGUGAGAAUGGGUCUUGCAGCAGCAAUGGUAGUGAUUAUGGGUCCUGCACAAGUAUCACCAGUGGAGGUUCAUGUACCAACAGUAUCCUCAGUGACAGCAGUGGUUACACUUUUCCACCAACUGAUGAUACCUUUUUUGGUGGGAAUUUAUCUUCUGACAGCGCCUCCAACAGAAGUGUGCCAAACAGGAAUACUACUCCAUGUGAAAUUUUUUCAAGAAGUACAAGUACAGUUCCCUUUGUCCAGGAUGACUUGGAUCAUGGACUAGAGAUUAUGAAAUUGCCAGUGAGCAGGAACUCGAAAAUUCCACUAAAACGUUGUUCAUCCUUAGUCAUUUUUCCUAGGAGUCCUUCAAAUACCCCACCAACUUCUCCAACAAGUACAGGUACUCUUCUAAGCAAAGGAUCCUAUCAGACCUCACACCAGUUUAUUAUUUCUCCUACUGAAAUUGCCCACAAUGAAGAUGGCACUAGUGCUAAGGGAUUUCUUUCAACAGCUGUCAAUGGACUUCGGUUAUCCAAGACAGUCUGUACUCCCGGAGAAGUAAGAGACAUACGACCUCUUCACAGGAAGGGCUCAUUACAAAAGAAAAUCAUUAUUGCAAAUAAUAGUCCAAAUCAGACUGUCUGUGAAAAGCCAUCUGAAGGAUAUUCUUGUGUUUCACUGCAUUUUACCCAACAGAAAGCAACUGCAUUAGACUGUGAAGCAGCAAAUGGUGAUUGUAAACCAGAGAUGUCAGAAACUGAGCUUAAUUCUGACCCAGAGUUUAUUAAGCUUAUGCAUAGGACAUCUGCAUGUUUACCAUCUUCCCAAAAUGUAGAUUAUCAAAUCAGUAUCAAUGGGCAGUUGGAAAGACCAAAUUUACAGAUAAACAAAAACCAUGCUCUUUUACAGAGAAGUAUUUCAUUGGGGGGAACUUAUCCAAAUGCUUCCUGUUUAUCUAGCCUUAAGCACAAUUGUUCUAAGGGGGGACCAUCUCAAUUACUCAUAAAGUUUGCAUCUGGAAAUGAAGGUAAAGUUGAUAAUUUAACAAGAGACAGCAACCGAGAUUUCACAAAUGAACUACCUAAUUCUUUAAAGCAUUCUUGUAAGACAAGAGAUGAUUUCCUAGGUCAAGUGGAUGUUCCUCUUUAUCCAUUACCGACAGAAAAUCCAAGAAUGGAGAGACCAUAUACAUUUAAGGAUUUUGUUCUUCAUCCAAGAAGUCACAAAUCAAGAGUUAAAGGUUAUCUGAGAUUAAAAAUGACUUACUUACCUAAAACCAGUGGCUCAGAAGACGAUAACACAGAACAGGCUGAGGAAUUAGAGCCUGGCUGGGUAGUUUUGGACCAACCAGAUGCUGCUUGCCAUUUGCAGCAGCAACAGGAACCUUCUCCUCUACCUCCAGGAUGGGAAGAGAGACAAGAUAUCCUUGGAAGGACCUACUAUGUAAACCAUGAAUCUAGAAGAACACAGUGGAAAAGACCAACCCCUCAGGACAACCUAACUGAUGCUGAGAAUGGUAACAUUCAACUGCAAGCCCAGCGUGCGUUUACUACCAGGAGACAGAUAUCUGAGGAAACAGAAAGUGUUGACAACCGAGAAUCUUCUGAGAACUGGGAAAUUAUAAGAGAAGAUGAAGCCACCAUGUACAGCCAUCAAGCCUUCCCUUCAUCUCCACCAUCAAAUAACUUGGAUGUCCAGACUCAUCUUGCAGAAGAAUUGAAUGCCAGACUCACUGUUGGUGGAAAUUCAGCCAGUGGCCAGCCAGUAUCCAACUCAAAUCAUUCCAGCAGAAGAGGCAGCUUACAAGCCUAUACUUUUGAGGAACAGCCUACACUUCCUGUGCUUUUGCCUACUUCAUCUGGAUUACCACCAGGUUGGGAAGAAAAACAAGAUGAAAGAGGAAGAUCGUACUAUGUGGAUCACAAUUGCAGAACUACUACCUGGAUAAAGCCCACUGUACAGGCCACAGUGGAGACCGGUCAGCUGCUGUCAAGCCAGGGUUCUUCUGCAGGCCCUCAGCCACAGGCCCCCGCGAGUGAUGCAGCACAACAGGUGACCCAACCAUCUGAAAUGGAGCAAGGAUUCCUUCCCAAAGGCUGGGAGGUCCGGCACGCACCAAACGGGAGGCCUUUCUUCAUUGACCACAACACCAAAACCACCACCUGGGAAGAUCCAAGACUGAAAAUUCCAGCUCAUCUGAGAGGAAAGACAUCACUUGAUUCUUCCAGUGAUCUGGGGCCUUUACCUCCAGGAUGGGAAGAAAGAACUCACACUGAUGGAAGAAUCUUUUACAUAAAUCACAAUAGUAAAAAAACACAAUGGGAAGACCCUCGUUUGCAGCAUGUAGCAAUAACUGGACCAGCAGUGCCCUACUCCAGGGAUUACAAAAGAAAGUAUGAGUUCUUCCGAAGAAAGUUGAAGAAGCAGAAUGACAUUCCAAACAAAUUUGAAAUGAAACUUCGCCGUGCAACUGUUCUUGAGGACUCUUACAGGAGGAUUAUGGGGGUCAAGAGAGCAGACUUCCUUAAGGCUAGACUGUGGAUUGAGUUUGAUGGUGAAAAGGGACUAGAUUAUGGAGGAGUUGCCAGAGAAUGGUUCUUUCUGAUUUCGAAGGAGAUGUUUAACCCUUAUUAUGGGUUGUUUGAAUAUUCUGCUACGGAUAAUUAUACCCUACAGAUAAAUCCCAACUCUGGAUUGUGCAAUGAAGAUCACCUCUCUUACUUCAAGUUUAUUGGUCGGGUAGCUGGGAUGGCGGUGUAUCAUGGCAAACUGUUGGAUGGUUUUUUCAUCCGCCCAUUUUACAAGAUGAUGCUGCACAAGCCAAUAACACUUCAUGAUAUGGAAUCAGUGGAUAGUGAGUAUUACAAUUCAUUAAGAUGGAUUCUUGAAAAUGAUCCAACAGAAUUGGACCUCAGGUUUGUCAUAGAUGAAGAACUUUUUGGACAGACACAUCAACAUGAGUUGAAAAAUGGUGGAUCGGAAAUAGUUGUCACCAAUAAGAACAAAAAGGAAUAUAUUUAUCUUGUAAUACAAUGGCGAUUUGUAAACCGAAUCCAGAAGCAAAUGGCUGCUUUUAAAGAGGGAUUUUUUGAACUGAUACCACAGGAUCUCAUCAAAAUUUUUGAUGAAAAUGAACUAGAGCUUCUGAUGUGUGGCUUGGGAGAUGUGGAUGUGAAUGACUGGAGAGAGCACACAAAGUACAAAAAUGGCUACAGCAUAAAUCAUCAAGUCAUCCAGUGGUUUUGGAAGGCUGUUUUAAUGAUGGACUCAGAAAAAAGAAUACGAUUACUUCAGUUUGUCACUGGCACAUCCCGUGUGCCUAUGAAUGGAUUUGCUGAACUGUAUGGCUCAAACGGACCACAGUCAUUUACAGUUGAGCAGUGGGGCACGCCUGAGAAGCUGCCAAGAGCUCAUACCUGCUUUAAUCGCCUGGACUUGCCACCCUAUGAGUCAUUUGAAGAAUUGUGGGAUAAACUUCAGAUGGCCAUUGAGAACACUCAGGGUUUUGAUGGCGUUGAUUAGAUUUCAAGUAACCAUUUAUGGUGUUUUACUGCCACUUUUUUUUAAAGCAAAAUCUUGACUUAAAAUUUUCCAGGGAAUUACUAAUCCUUGGCCAUUGAUGCUUCUCAGAUAUUGGAGAAAAUCAUGUCAACAAAUUAGAAGAAAUAGUAUUGACAACUUUUCCAUUAUUUCAUUCAUUUUAGUAAUGUGUUGCAUUUACAUAGUUUUGUUCUAUUUUGAGUUCACACCCAAGGAUUUAAGCCCUGUAUGCCUGAAAUUGUGUGUUUUGUCCUUGGAUUUACCUCUUUUACAGUAUUUGCCAGGCAGUUCUUUCUUAAACUACUGAAAUGAUAACUGUGAAUACCUGUGAUAAGUGUCAUGUGUGAAAAGUGUGAUUUUUUUGAGAAGGAGAACUGAAAUUUGGGGGAAAAAAACUUCAAUACUGAGUACACGACAAUAUAUUCAGUGCUGCCUGCAGCUAGUUAUUAUUUUUUAGACCUGCCUACUGCACAUGCAGUAACAGGUUUUUGUAAAAAUCUUGCAAGGUGUGUUACCUAUAUUUUCAGUCAACUGAUUCAUUUACAAAAAGCUGUUUACUUCUUCAUUUUAAAAGUAUUUGGCUUUUGUUAGUACACGGUUUUACUAAACAAGGUAGUUCAUAGGACAUGUGAAGCAAAUUCAGAUUUGCAAAGGUUGAAAGGUAUCAGUGCCUCCCUCUUGCCUGUAUAUCCUAUGGCUCAUUGAUAAAGCCAUUAUUCUUUACUGUUUUCAUUUAGUUAAAAGAAUUCCUUCUUCAAACUAAAGCUCGACAAAGCAGUAUUCCUAAAUAUGCCUUGAAGAACUAAGUUAAAUGUAUAAUACUUGCCUUUACUAGUCAUUCUUUACACUUGCACAAUUAUGUAGUACUUAUAUGUUUACAGGGUUUAUUAUGUUUACAGAUUAAGCUAAUUUCUGUAGUUGCAUUUUUAUAUUUUUAGUAUUUCACUUUAGUCAAAAAAACCAAAUAAUUUGUUAAAAAUUACCAAAGAAUAGUUACAGUGCAUCAUUUGUAUUAAAUUUAUUACCAUGUUUCUUAUGCUUUUUAAAAAACUGUUUACUAUGAAAAUAAUGUUUUGCUAUAAAUCCAAACCUCUUUAGGCAAAAUGCUAAAGAUAGACUUCUACUUUAGCUAAAUAGAAGUACAUAAAAAUCCUGUGCGUGCAUUCAACAAAGGUUUACUGAAUGCCUGCGAUAUGCAUAGCUCUGUCUAGGCCAAAGGGUGAGAGUUGUCAGCUUCAAAGAAAUCCAUCCCCAUCCUCAAGGAACUUAGAGAUGUGUAAAGGAAUUUUGAAACAAUCAAAAGUCAGGGUGAGCAGAAUAAGGCAAAAGGGAAAGUGUUUUAGUGCACCUGCAAAGGUAAAGUGUGCCAAGGCUGUAUUUAUAUACUUUAUACCUGUAUUGGAAUGAUUGUAUAGAAAAAUGCUCUUGAAAAAAGUUAAAGCUAUUUCUCAAUAUGGUAUUUUGGUGAUUUAGGGAUAAUUGUAAAUAUAUGUUAUGAAUCUUCUGAAAUACACACACACACUCUAAGAGGUGUAAAAAGUGUAUCUGGCUGCUGGUUACAGUUUGCUGGGGUCUAAUGCCAUGUGUACUUUUCAGCACCUGGUAGCGAUCUCAUAAGUGACAGAAGCAAAACCACUUUCCAAACAUCACAUCAGCAGCCCAGCUUAGAGAAAGUAAUUCACAGAUCCGUGCACCCUCUGUCUUAUCUUCUGUGUUAAACAGCUUUCAGGGGAAACACCCUGUUUUUAUCACUUACCAAAUGUUUAAACUGAAGCAACAAAGUUCACCUCUCUGGGUUCCUGGUUCUUCAUCUGUCAAAGGAAAAUAACCAUGCAUCACACUCUCAUUGUCAUGUAAGAUUGUUGUCGCCAGUUCCAGAGAGAUGCCCUGUAAAGUCUCAUACAAUCAGAAGGUACUUUGUGCCGGCCUUCAGAUUUUGUCAAAUCAGGUGUGAACAUGAACCACACUCCCAAAGAGAAAUCUCUUCAUUUAAAUAUGAAUUGAGUGCUAACAGACAAGGCAGGAUCAUCUCUGGUAUUGAAUAUAUACAAAUAUAUGUAUACAUAUUUUUAUCUGUAUAUGGAUCUUACCAUCAGAAUUCAUUUUCUCCACAUGAGCAAAGUAAUGUUAAGAUGGGCCAAUGCAUUUUGGAAUGUUCUCAUUAUGUAGAACUGAACAUGAAAACUGCUUUUGUUAAAAAAGGAUUUUACCACAUGUUUGUUUAAAUAUCACUUCUGUCAAAUAUGGCAGAUAUCAGACCUUGAGAAAAUAUAUAGCUUGCUUUUCAUCUGACUCAUUCACUUGGAUGAUUCUGUGACUCAGAUAAAACAGCGUGUUAAUAAGACCAGACACUCCCACCAGCACCCAGCCACAGACCAGCAUCUGCUUCAUUUUCCAGUUAUGCAGUGAUGGUCUGAAAGGAGCCUGUAUCAAGCAACACAGCCCCUCAUCCCAAAGAGCAAAGUAUCUCAAAACACAUUCUACAGCUGGAAGUAAAUAGGGUCAUUUUCUUAAAGCAAGGAUGUCAUAUUUUUUUAGAACUUAUAAGCACAUAAUUUUAGCCUGUAUUUUCUCUGUAAUCAAACAAAUUUUAAUGGACAUAAAAUUGUAUUACAAAUGCAUUUCAUCCUAAUUUAAAUGGUUUUAUUUGUUUUCAUUUUUUAUUUAUAAUGCUGAAAUUCCAGAGAAUUAUCAAGUCAAACAACUCUUUUGAAUUAUAAGCCACUUGACAUUGUUUUCUAAAAUCUUCUCAUAUGGGAAAAAUAUUACCAAGAUUAAUGUAUCAAAAUUUAUUGCAUACUUUAAAAUAUAAAACCAUUUUUAAAAAUCUUGAUACCAUAAAUAAAGUUCUAUUCUAGCAAA